AACCUCCCAAAAAAUAAAGCUCCUUCAAAUCAAAGUUCAAAGUUCAAACCAGUCACAUUUCCCCUUUUUUUUUUUCCCCAUAAAGACUAUUCCUUGCUUAUAAAUUUGCAUUUUCUUUCUCUAUUACUUAAUGCCGCACUGCAUUGCACUGCAUUGCACUGCACUACUAGCUAAAGCAGUAAGUUAGGUUGCAAACACAAACACUUGUUCCAGAUUCAAGCUUUGUCUCCAGAUUUGGGUGGCAAAAGAUGAAGCUUUUGUGGGUUGGAGUAGUUUUAGGACUUGUAUUUGGGAAACUGGUUAAUGGGUUUCUGGAUUUCAAUGAAACGGAGCUGUCUUUUAUUGAGUCUUAUGAAUAUGGAAUCUCUAAUGCUAAUUACAAUCCUGUAAUGGUAGGACUUACUCUCAUUCAAAGUGCUGGCGCAAAAGGAGCAGUAUGUCUGGAUGGUACGUUGCCAGGUUAUCAUUUGCAUAGAGGUUAUGGAUCAGGAGCAAAUAGCUGGCUCAUUCAACUAGAGGGAGGAGGAUGGUGUAAUAACAUUAAAACUUGUGUGUACCGCAAGAAGACCCGCCGUGGAUCAUCUACAUACAUGGAGAAGAAGAUACCAUUCACUGGAAUAUUGAGUGAUAAAGCUGAAGAAAAUCCUGAUUUUUUCAACUGGAACAGAGUAAAGCUUCGUUAUUGUGAUGGUGCUUCUUUUUCUGGGGAUGGUGAAGAUAAGGCUGCAGAACUGCAAUUUAGAGGACAACGUAUUUGGUUGGCUGCUAUGGAGGAUUUAAUGUCAAAGGGAAUGCAUAAGGCAAAUCAGGCUCUUCUUUCGGGGUGUUCUGCUGGAGGUCUAGCAUCUAUUUUACACUGUGAUGAGUUUAGGAACCUGUUUCCAGGAACCACUAAAGUGAAGUGCCUGAGUGAUGCUGGUCUAUUCCUGGAUGCGGUUGAUGUGUCUGGCAGUCACACCCUGAGGAAUAUAUAUGGCGGUGUGGUGGGCUUGCAGGCUGUGCAAAAUAGCCUGCCACGUAUCUGCACUGACCACCUUGAUCCAACUUCGUGCUUCUUCCCUCAAAACUUAAUUGGCAACAUCAAAACCCCACUUUUUAUCCUUAAUGCAGCUUAUGAUUCAUGGCAGAUACAAUCCAGUAUUGCUCCAUCAUCAGCAGAUCCACAUGGAUUUUGGCAUGAUUGCAGGUUAAAUCAUGCAAAAUGUUCUCCAGUGCAAAUUAGGUUUUUGCAAGGCUUCAGGAGUCAAAUGCUGCAUGCUAUAACAGGAUUUGCAAUGUCUAAGCAGAAUGGUCUAUUCAUAAACUCAUGUUUUGCUCACUGUCAAACCGAGAGACAAGACACUUGGUUUGCAGAUGAUUCUCCUGUCCUUAGAAAAAAGCCAAUUGCUAUAGCCGUUGGAGACUGGUAUUUUGACAGAGCAGAGGUGAAGGCCAUUGACUGUCCAUACCCUUGUGACAAUACUUGCCACAAUCUGGUUUUCAAAUUAUAGAAAUUACAUUAGUCGGCUCAUAUGCACAUAUACAUGUGCAAGUUACUUAGCUAAGUAACGUGUAUAAUUCAUUCUCAUCUGUUAUUUGAAAGAAUUUGCAAUUCAAUGGAAAUUGCUAGAAGACAAUAAAAAUGAAGGCUGCUGAUUAUGCAAACGUGAUCAGCACCAGCAAGAAUGCUGCUGCAUUCUCAUAUCUUCUUGUGUACUUGUUAUGAAAUCUAAGUUUCAUUUGUUGCUUCAUUUGAAUUUGAUCUUAUCUGUGACAGAGGUAGAUCUAUAUAGGAAAAAAUGCAUUCAUUCCAC